CGAUAAACAGGAGAAAGAGACGCCGAGGGAGAGGAGAAGAAGAAGAAGAAGAAGAAGGCGACCAUGUUGAUUGAAAGCAGGAAGAAACACAAUAGAAGCGAUUUAUCUCAAGUAAAAUUCACUUACUAAAGCGACUUGCGAAGAAAGUGACCGACCGGCCGUGGACUGGACAUCCCGUGUAUAACAGCAGACAGACCGAGGUGACAAGUUUGAGUCGUUGGCUGACUUUGAGGAGGCAGCGGUUUGAUAAGGGCCACACUCGCACACUUCACACACCGACCUGAAGGACAGUGGAGUCCAGGGAGAGAAGGUCCAACACCUGGAGCAGAAAGGAAACGCACAGUGAGGACACAACAGGGGUGGAAAGCUGUUUGGCUUUGGACUAGAUAACCCCCUGUAUGACUUGUAUUUUCAGGAUCUCUUUUUUUUUUCACCCGUGGAGCAACAUACACCCACACAGUGGAAAUAACAGAGAGAAUUACAGACUAUAUGAUUUUGGGGAAAGACUUGUACAAAGUUGGACAUCCUUUUUUUUUCAAGGACAGGGAUAUUGAGCAACUCUUUUCGGACUCAAAGUGGAAACAAGAAAUAUUGUUCCAUUUAGAAACAGAAGUUUAAGUAUUGAAAUAAGAUUAUAUUGAAGAAGCUAUUCCCCAAAUUCAGAUUGCCUUAGUUGUUCUAUUUCAGGACUUGAACCGCUUCGAUACUUGUUCAUAUAUAAUUUUUCUAUAUUGUGGGCAAGUAUAUUCAUGCAUAUUAAUGCAAAUUUCUCUUCAUUUUGAAGAGCUCUUGUGUAAAAACUUUUUUUUGAUGUUCUUGUACGUCAGUCACUCUGUUGUUUGAAGGGGACCGAACUGCACGUACAUGUGUAUAUGUAAAUAAUACGAGUCAACCUCUGUUGUAAAAGCUUUGGACUUAAAAAGAAUAGAGAAUAUUGUUUUGUUAAUGCUUUAUUAAACUUUUUUACUUUUGAAGAGAAUUUUUAAAAGAAAGACCUAAGAGGCAAAAAUUUAAUACUUUGAAGAAAAAAAUAAACAAACUAAAGCAAGGAAAAGAUGGCAACUGCCAGAACAGAAAACCUUGGCACAGUCGUCAUGGGAUUGAACAAGCAGAACGGGCAGCUCAGAGGACAGACCAAAUCAGCUUCAGUCCAGCCAGCACCCACAACUCAAGGAAAGUCUAUGGGCGCACUCCAGAAAGCAGGCUGCCCCCCGCAAGAAGGAGGAGGCAUCAAGUUCGGAGACGACUGGAAGAAGAGUCUGAAGCUCCCUCCCAAAGACACCAGGGUCCGAACCUCAGAUGUGACAUCCACCAAGGGGAAUGAAUUUGAAGAUUACUGUCUCAAACGAGAACUCCUGAUGGGCAUCUUUGAGAUGGGUUGGGAGAAACCAUCCCCCAUUCAGGAGGAGAGCAUUCCCAUCGCCCUGUCUGGACGGGAUAUUCUGGCUCGAGCUAAAAAUGGAACAGGGAAAAGUGGAGCCUAUCUCAUCCCAAUGCUGGAGAGGAUAGACCUGAAAAAGGACUACAUACAGGCCAUGGUCAUGGUGCCCACUCGUGAGCUGGCACUGCAGGUGAGUCAGAUCUCCAUCCAGAUCAGCAAACACCUAGGAGGAGUCAAAGUCAUGGCGACCACCGGGGGCACCAACCUGCGAGAUGACAUCUUGCGCUUGGACGAAAUCGUGCAUGUGGUCAUCGCCACCCCUGGCAGGAUCCUGGACUUGAUAAAGAAGGGAGUGGCGAAGGUGGAUAGGGUCCAGAUGAUGGUGAUGGAUGAGGCGGAUAAGCUGCUGUCUCAGGACUUUGUGGUGCUCAUUGAGGAUAUCAUCAGCUUCCUGGCCAAGAACAGGCAGAUCCUGCUCUACUCUGCAACCUUCCCCAUCAGCGUGCAAAAGUUCAUGGCCAAGCACCUUCAGAAACCCUACGAGAUAAACUUGAUGGAGGAGCUGACUCUGAAGGGCAUUACUCAGUUCUACGCCUACGUCACAGAGAGGCAGAAAGUCCACUGCCUCAACACACUGUUUUCCAGGCUUCAGAUCAACCAGUCUAUCAUCUUCUGUAACUCUACUAAGCGAGUGGAGCUGUUGGCCAAGAAGAUCACUCAGCUGGGCUACUCCUGCUUCUACAUCCAUGCCAGGAUGAUGCAGGAAUACAGAAACCGGGUGUUCCAUGACUUCAGGAACGGACUGUGCAGAAACCUUGUCUGCACAGAUCUUUUCACCAGAGGUAUCGACAUCCAGGCUGUCAACGUCGUCAUCAACUUCGACUUUCCUAAGAAUGCUGAGACUUACCUCCAUCGUAUUGGAAGAUCAGGGAGGUUUGGUCACCUGGGCUUGGCCAUUAAUCUCAUCACGUCGGAGGAUCGCGUAAACCUGAAGGCCAUUGAAGAGCAGCUGGUGACCGAUAUCAAGCCCAUUCCCAGCAGCAUCGACAAGAGCCUCUAUGUGGCCGAGUACCACUCAUCCAGCGGCGACUGUGACGUGGAGGAAAUCGAGGAGAAGCCAGGACUCCAAGAGGACAGCAUCUAAAAAAGAAAAAAGGACAUUAGGACACACCGGGGCUUUUGCGUAGACAUCAACGCUUGCAGUCUUCAGGCGACUCUUCAGUUUCACAUUUCCCCUCAUUUUCAGAGCCUGACAAAUGGAUGUAAAGGCUGUUUAUUUUUUAUUUUUGAGCUUUUCCUCAGAGAGCUGCCUCUUAUUUAUUCUUUUUAAUAACUGAGAAAGUUGAAACCUUCACUUUGCACCAACCUCACACUAAACCACACAGCAUGUGUUGGAGCGUAGAUUAUUUUCCCUCCUAAAAUACGUUUGUUGGAGAGCUGUGCAAAUUAUUGUCCCAGCUGUUUUGAACCAGUUGUCCUCAGAGACACGUCUUCAUCACCAGCAGCAACUUUGGUCUGUUUUUAAUGAUACAAUGGUGUGUUUCCACCAGCCAUCGUUCUGUCCACUUACACUGCUGUUGUCACUUAAGUGCCUUACUUACUCCCAUGUGCACUCAUCCAUUCAUAGCCUGCUGUCUUCUGUCAUGCAGCGCAGUGCGAGCACAAAUGAGAUGAACUAAAACAUAAUCUGAUUUUAUUUAAACAUCGCAUUAUGCAAAGGGGAAAAAGAUGACACACACACACACACUGUCCUGCAGAGGUGUGUGUGUCGAAACACGGCUCAAACUCCUCCAACUUUACUGAAUGUGAACGUUGCAAUAAAAAGGGCAGCUUUAUUUAAAUACUGCGUGACUGUUUUUCCCUUUCACUACUAAUAAUACAUGAGCAGAGUAAAUAUAGGAAGACACAAGCCCUCAUACUGAUUCGUGGAUGUUGGCCUGCAACCACACAAACAGCAUGGGAAACAAUUAGCAGCCACAUGCUGUGACAUUAUGGCUGUCGCAGCUUGACAGUCGUUUUUUUUUUUUUGGAGUUUAUCUUGCAUUAAAAAAACACAGUUGGCUGGUGAAUCCUGUCAAAACUAUCGGCCGCUGUAGCUGGUGGAUGAAAAUCUGAUUCAAAACAGCUUUGAUAGCAAAACUUGCCAUUUCUAAGCUCUCCGAUAUUUGAGCAUAAACGAGUCCAAGACAUAAAGAUUCGAAGGGUUUUUGUGAAUUUUGGUGCAAAGCGAUAGUUUGAACUUUCUUUUUCCACACACAUCUUUAACCUUUCUGACUUACAAUGUGGAAAUAUUAAGGUUUAUAAAGCAAAUGUUUCUGCAGAUCCUAAAGUGAAACUUUCUUUUUAAGCCCCAUCAUGACACAAUUUAAGUUGGUGAAUGUAUCAGUUGCCAAUGUAAACUCUGCGGCCCAGCGGUUGAACAUAGUUGUUGUCUGUAUGGCUGCUGCUGCAUUAGAAACUCCUUCAGGUUUAACUUUUUUAUGAAAUAAUAUAAAUGUUGAGAAACGGUUUCAUCUUCUAUUUAGAACCGUGUUGACCUUCAAUCAGAACUGAAAUCAAAAGAAAGGAGUUUUCUCUCUGCAGCAGCAGCGAUAUAUAUAUUUUUUUGUUUUCCUUUUUGUUUUUACAAAAGAAAAUGUGAGAAUUGUUUUUUCUGAGGGGUGGGC